AUGGCCACUCGGACGACUGCAGCGAGGACAACGACGGCGAGGAGGACGAACAACCGCACGAACAGCAACACCAACGCCACGUCGACGGCGAACACGAAUGCAACGUUCACGCUGACGGUCGACAUGAACUCCAUCACCAACAUGCAGUCCAACGCGAAGUCCAACUCGAACAACAACUCGAACUCUAACACGCGCACUGCCAGGACUGGUACGGCGCGCACCCAGCCGCCAAAGCCCCGUGUACCGCAGCAGGGUCAAAGCGGCCAGGGACAGGGAAGGCCACCCGCCGGGUCCGGCGGUGGUGGUGGAAUGAACCACGGCAAUAGAGGGGGAGCGCCGCCCCAGCGCCCCCAGGGUAAUGGGAGGCCACAGCAAGCCCCUAGGAACAACCAGAAUGGCUCAGGCUAUGUCCCUCCUAAUCCGUCAGCGGCUCGCCCGCGCGCAGCGCACAUGGCCCAGGGCGUACCGGUGAGCAUCGCCCCCAGCAGCUUGAGCGUGAGCGUUGCAGAUGAAGGCUGA